GAGCGCCGGACCUGAAAGGAUAUAGGCCGCAAGAGGAAAAGGGGCGGGCAGACGGUAUUGGAAGGCGCCGGAAGUGGUCGUGCUGAGGAGGGGUGGGAGAGGGGUGGGCCAGGCAGUUCUCUUGGCUGUAGCUGGGCGCUUCGGUAGCAGCGUACGUUCACUUCUUUCCGAGAGCCUGGCCCAGUGUCUCUGCCUCAGCCAACAUGGAUUUCAGGGAAAUUCUCCUGAUAGCUUCCAAAGGACAGGGUGUCAACAAUGUGCCGAAAAGGUAUAGUUUGGCAGUGGGGCCUCCCAAAAAAGACCCGAAAGUUAAGGGUGUCCAAUCUGCAGCCGUUCAGGCUUUUCUCAGAAGAAAAGAAGAGGAGCUCAGGCAAAAAGCUUUAGAGGAGAAAAGGAGAAAAGAGGAACUAGUGAAAAAGCGAAUUGAGCUAAAACAUGACAAGAAAGCAAGAGCUAUGGCGAAAAGGACAAAGGAUAAUUUCCAUGGUUACAACGGGAUUCCCGUUGAGGAAAAGUCAAAGAAGAGGCAGGCAGUGGAAAGCCACACUAGUCAGGGAACAGAACAAGAGUAUGAGAUGGAAGAAGAAGAUGAAUUCUUAGAAUACAAUCAAGCAGAGUCAGAGCAGGAGUAUGAGGAAGAGCAAGAACCUCCCAAAGUUGAAAGCAAACCAAAGGUCCCCCUUAGAAGUGCCCCACCACUCAUGAACUUCACUGAUCUACUCAGGCUGGCUGAGAAAAAGCAGUACGAACCAGUGGAGAUCAAGGUAGUGAAGAAAACAGAAGAGCGGCCCAUGACUGCAGAAGAACUUAGGGAGCGAGAAUUCCUUGAACGAAAGCAGAGGAAAAAGAGACCUGAGACAGAUGCAAGACUACCUCCAACCAAAAAGGCACCCUCUCAGAAAGAAAGUGUGGGCACAAAACUUAGCAAACAUCCUUCCAGGGGUACUCCCCUUCCUCAUGCUGAGAAGAAAUCCAGACCCAGCACAGCCAAUGAGAAACACUUAGGUCUGUCUUCAUCCAAAUCCAUGCCAGGAGAGAGGACCAAAGCAGGAUCUGUCAAUUGCUCUCAACCCUUACUUCGUGAGGGCCAUGACAGACCUGUCUUCAAUGGGGUUGGAAAGCCCCACUCCAGCACCUAUUCACCAAGUGUCCCAAAGACUUCUGCUAAGGGGACUCAGAAAUCUGCUACUGAGCACAAAGCCAAAAAAUCUCCUCCCCAUCCUAGCCAUUCCAGGCCUGGGUCCAUGGUUACCCCACACAAUAAAGCUAAGAGUCCAGGUGUCAGGCAGCCGGGCAACAGCUCCAGCUCAGCUCCUGGACGGCCCGGCACAGGGACUGCUCGGCCUACAGUUAGUUCUGGCCCUGUGCCCAGGCGCCAGAACGGCAGCUCCAGCUUAGGACCUGAGCGAUCGGUCAGUGGGACCAAGAGGCCAGCCAGUGACUUCAGUCUCUCCGGACGGACACUCAGUGGUACAGGUGGCCCUGGGCACCCUGCAAGCAGCUCAAGUGGCCCUGGGCGACCCACCAGUGGCUCAGGUGGUUCUGGGAGAGCUCUGGGCAGCUCUGGUGGCCCCGGGCGGCCUGUGAACAGUCCACAUGACCUUCGACGACAAGUGAGUGGCUCUGGCCCCUCUGGGCGGCCAGUCAGUGGCCCUGGGCGGCCAAUAAGUGGUCCUGGGCGGCCAGUCAGUGGCCCUGGGCGGCAAGUCAGUGGCCCUGGGCGGCCAGUCAGUGGUCCUGAGCGGCCAGUCAGUGGCCCUGGGCGGCCAGUCAGUGGUCCUGAGCGGCCAGUCAGUGGCCCUGGGCGGCCAGUCAGUGGUCCUGAGCGGCCAGUCAGUGGCCCUGGGCGGCCAGUCAGUGGUCCUGAGCGGCCAGUCAGUGGCCCUGGGCAAUCACUAAGUGGCUCAGUUCCAGCUGGACGGACUGUCAGUAGUUCAGGGCCCGGAAGACCGGUGAGCAGCUUGGGACCCGGGCGACCAGUUAGUAGCUCCAGUCUCCCCCUAAAGCCCAAGUGUACUGUUGUCUCAGAAACAAUUUCUUCCAAGAAUAUAAUUAGCCGAUCCAGCAAUGGACAGAUGAAUGGAAUGAAGCCUUCCUUAUCUGGCUACAGAUCUGCCCAAGUUCCUCAAAGGCCUCCCUUCCCUAGUGGUUACAAAAGGCAGCGAGAAUAUGAAGAGGAGGAAGAUGAUGAUGAAUAUGACUCUGAAAUGGAAGAUUUUAUUGAAGAUGAAGGAGAACCUCAGGAAGAAAUAUCCAAGCACAUUCGAGAAAUCUUUGGCUAUGACCGAAAAAAAUACAAAGAUGAAAGCGAUUAUGCCUUACGUUACAUGGAGAGUAGCUGGAAAGAGCAGCAGAAGGAAGAAGCAAAGAGUUUGAGACUAGGUAUGCAGGAGGACUUAGAGGAAAUGAGACGUGAAGAAGAAGAAAUGAAGCGUCGAAAGGCCAAGAAGCUGAAGAAGCGUUAGCUGCUGCUUUUAUUUAUUUUUGUGAAAUUCUGGAGACACUCUGCUGCAAGGAGGUCCUGCCUUCAGAAUGAAGAAGCCCCUUUAUGAUUUUAGAUUUAUACUUGGGUACUCAAGGAGAAGGAAUGCAUACUAUCAUUUGCAGGCUGUCAUUGGAGCAUGAAGUAUUUUCAGAUACUUUCCAGGGUUAAAUCUGUAAUGCAGAUGAUAGAAUGCCCAGUUGAGUGCUCUUAGGAAGUUAACUGUUCACAGGUGCCAGCCUUGAUCCUGAUGAGCUAUGCACUCUGAUGUGGGGCCGCUCACCAGUCAGCCAAUCUUACAUUGUUCCUUUGCUACUUUGAAAAGGAAAAAAAAAGGAUUGCCUCGUGACUUCCUAAUUCUGCUGUUGUGUGAGUAGGGCACUGCCCGGCUCCCAAUCAAACUUACUUUGUCUUUUAAUGAGGAACCUGGCCCUUCCAUGAAUGUUGCCAGCAAUAAAGUGACCUGUCCUAAUCUAUAUGUUUGGAUUGAGAACUUGAAAAUGUAGAGUAGGCUUUAUAAUUAUCGUAUGGAUGUCAUCUCUGUGACUUUGAAGUAAAAAUAGAAUAAAUUAUACUGUAUUCUGCAUUAUUCGUGGAUUGGAUGCUGAGCAUUCUUAUUCACUAAUUUAGGUGAUAAGGCAAUUAACAAAAAAUUUUUUUCAAGUUAAAAUACAAGUUAUGCCAUUUAGUUUAAAAAUACUUGUUUCCAAGUUUUCCUUUCAGAUUUCCUGUUAUGUUGGCUUUAAAAUAGACAAGGUCACUGUGCUGAUUGAUUUUUAUCUAAAAAAUUCAUUUUUAUAUUGAAGAAAAAUGCUUAUUUUAUUCAAACAUUAGAUUUGGUAGAGUAAUAGUUUAAAAACUGAGGAAGUGACAUGUGAGACUCCCCUCUUCCCUCAUUCUAAAAAUAUUUUGGAAAAAGGUGCCCCUGUACCUCUUGAUAUUAAUGACCGUGUUUUAUCUUAAGUUCUUUAGCAAUUAAUGGCAAAAACCAAAAACUAAAUUCAUGUGUAUCAAGAGCACCACCUUCUCUUUUUGCCCAUAUUGCACUUUUAUUUCAAACUAUGCACUGUGAAGAGAUUUUUUUCCCAGGUAGAAAAGGAUGUUCCCUGUUACUAGUGCUUUACUGGGCUGUGGAACUUUCUUCAUUCUCACUUUUUUUCAAGUCGUAUUUGUAGACUUGGUAUCUCUUAAGCCUCAAAUCCAGGCAGUUCCAAUCAGGCUGACAUAGAUUCUGGCUGGAGAGAAGCCAAGUCUAAAGGAAAGUCAGCAAUAGAAAAUGAGAUAUGAUGAUGCUAGAGAACAUUUGUCCUUCUUGUUUCUAAAUGUGGAGGGUUGGGGGCAGUGGGACAUAAGCUUGGAAAACAGUUCCAAACGUUGCUUUCAUGUAUUCCUUUUUAUCCAUAAGCUUGCUUUAUUCUUCAAGUUUGGUAGUAUAGAUUACUAUUGUUAGCCUCCUUUAAUGGGACAACCAUGUGACCCAGACCCUUAAGACUCUGACUCAUUUUGAAUUGAGUUUCAAAUUUCAGAAGUGCAAGGAUUUAACUUUGAAGCUGAAUCCUAUGAAAGAGGUCUUCAUCACUAGGAAUAACACCUUUUCUAAUGGUCCACAUGGAACUGUUAACACUGGCAGAAAAUCCUGUCAACUGCCUCUCACCCAUCUCAAAUACCUUCAGUGAAAUUGGUUUAAGGAUAGUGUGAUAUUCAUGUAAUGAAACAGGUUUGGAACAUUAUUUCCUUUGCUGUCACUUUUGUGCCCCCCCCCCAAACGUUUUUUUCUUGGAUGUAUUUUUUCAAUAUUCAGACUCUUUGAAAAUCUAUUACAAUCAAGUGCUUAUCAUAGCCGAAAGAUUUCUCGUGGCUUAAAAUUUACUAGCACUUUACUCAUUGUGCAGUUAUUUGUACAUAAAGGCACCACUGUGCUAGGUAAAAGUUCCAGAACUUGAAGAGUCAGGUUGUGUCCUUAGGCGUUAUCACUUUUGAGUGCAUUUCUUCUACAGAUGUUAUUAUUCUUCAGCAUCAACAUUAUAAAAGGGCACUUCUGUAGCUCAAUUAAAAAGAAAGUCCUGAGAAAGUCUUUUAAAUUAGUCUUGGCCUUGUUUCCAAAUCUUGUCUUCCAUUUUGUUCUGCAGUUCCUAACCACUCUUACAGAAAGCCCACAAAUCUUUGAAGAAACUGGAAUAAGCUAUUAUUUUAUUAAGGUUUACAAAUUAAGUGCUUGGUUUUUAAUGUAUCCUCUACCACUUUGGUUUUCAGAUUUUAUUAAUUCAGUAUCUGAAGAUGUGCCUUUUAUUGGGUAAUGUUAAUUCACGAAUGUAGUAAUGUUAUUUCACGACUGUAAUGUUACAUGAUCAUGGGUGUGGCAUUCUCUAACAGAUGAUGUGAAAGGAAAGUAGUUUUCAUAAAACUCAUAUGGCUCUGAUUGCACAGUCCCACUUGCUUUUGAUAUUGUUCUGUCAAAGCAAGGGGCACUUUCUUUUAAGGCUACUUUCAGAACUUGUCUUUGUAUUUUCUCUAAACUAUAAAUGCAGUUGUGUCCAUUUGGAGGCCAGGGUACCACAUGUCACAGACAGCCUUACAUGUGUGCCAUGAGAGGGUUCAAAGACUGUUAACAAAAAAGAAAGUCUAUGGGAACUCGAAAUUUCAUUUUUUAAAUGUUACCCCAAGAUUUUCUCCAAGAAAUCACUGUUUUGUAUUUUGUAACUUAAAAGCAGCUAUUAGUACAUUUCUGAGAUAUAGCAGGAGACCAAAACAUGUUUGGAAAGAGAAUAAAUAUAUGAAGAGAGACUGGUUGGUUUAUUUUCAAUGUGCUGAAUAUAUUAGACUACUAUUUAUUUUGUGAGUGGAUGUGAUAAAAUAAAUAUUCAGGUGUUUAGUGUAUGAUUAAGAGUGAUAUAUAGAUUUCUUUGGAGUUAUUAAAUCCAUCAUGUCUUUUACAUAAUGGACAAAUCAAGUUUUAAAAAAAAACAUUUACAUAGCUUAGCUUGUUUUCUGGUGCUGUUGACCUGCAAGAGAAUCUACUUUUGCAUAUACAGGUGAAAGUUUUGCAAUUUAUGUAUAAAAGAAAUUGUAGGCAUUAAAAAUAUUUUAUUGAUAUUUUCA